AUGAUUCUCUCUGAUUCUGAAAAAACAUGGGUUGUUACUGGAAUAGCCAUCAACAAAGUUGUUGCUCCAGUUUUACGAGAUGUUGUCAAACAAGGAAUGGACGUUCAUUACACAAACCUGGACACAUACUCCAGUGGUCUGACCACACCCUGUACCCUGGCGACACUGACCUAUUAUGAGGUUCAUGCUGACCCCAACCUGAGAAGAUUAAAAUUUCAGAAUAUCAAUAACAAUCUCAUCAUUCAUCGUAAUCCUACCAGCUCGUACAACUACACUGUGAACCGUCUGUUUGAUAACUACCAUUCAGCUACCACUUUUUCUGCUGCUAUUCAAACAACUGAUGCUGUCAGGAAAGAUGUGAGGAACAAGUGGGGCCAUUUUGAUGUGACAGAAUGCACUGAAGCUUUCUACAGUGAUUGCUUCUCAAAGCUGGAGACCCUGGUAAGAAGUCUGGGGCUGACUGGUGGUAAGGAGAAGAACACAUUAGAUCAAUUAUCUGAUUGGCGAGGGAAAGGUUGCCAGCUGUGUAUGGGUCAUGCUGUGGACAAAGAUCUUCUUUCUCUGAAACAAACAGAAGUAAAUGGUAUUAUCAAGGACUUGGCUCUGCAGAGCGCUCAGCUUUUCCAAGUCCAGCAAACAGCUGCUGUCCUUCAAGUAAGGCUAGAUGAUGGCGAAGCCACCAGGAAAAAAGGGAUGAAACUUAUCCUGGGAAGACUUACGGCAAUUGAAGAAAACCUCGGAGAGGAAUUAUUGAGAAGAGUUCAAGGAAUGGAAGAAAAAGUGGAGCAAGUUGAGCAAAGAGCGACCAAGGCGGAUCAGAAAGUGGACCAGCUUGAGCAAAGGGCGACCAAGACGGAUCAGAAAGUGGACCAACUUGAGCAAAGGGCGACCAAGACGGAUCAGAAAGUGAACCAAAUGGGGCAAAGUCUUAGUGACAGAAUGAACCAAUUAGAACUUAGAGUGGAGAGUGAGGAACCAGACGGCAUCAAUAUUUGUUUCCAGUGUCUUUCCUGGAGCCUCUGUCGCCCUCAUGCAGCAGAACGCUCGCUGGUCAAAGGCGUCAGAACUCUGGAGGUUGGUUUUGAUUCAUUCUGUGAGCUUUACCAGUGCAAAUCAAAAUAG